CGUCGCGCGGAAGAGAGGAGAGGGACGGGGGCCGCGGCCCGCGGGGGCGAGAAGAGAACACCACUACGGAUUGCCUCGUCAUCCACCACCGCUCCACCGCUAAACCCUCGAGUGCUCUUCCGCGCGGCGGGGCGCCGAGCGUGAAAGCCACCUGCUCUCGUCCAGUCGCACUCGCGCCGCGAGGGGAAACCCUAGGAGCGGCAGAUCUAGAGCGGGCGCUCUCGAUCCGGCCGCGUAGACGCCCGUUUUGGCCGGGGAAAUGGCGGAGGAUCCUGCCGCCGAACAGGAGACGCGGCAGCUAGAGGACCGGCUCAGGGAGGUCGGGGAACGGCUGCAGGCGCCUCCCGACGACGCGGAGGACCUGCUCAACCUCCUCAUCGAAGUUGAGGAGUGUUUACUAAAAGUUGAGCAGUCACCUCCUGAAAGCACAUCGAAUGCUCUUCAACUAGCAACUGCAGCUCUUGUCAAGAAAGAGCUGCUGGCCCAUGCUGAUUCAAAUAUUAGACUUGCCGUGGCAUCAUGCAUAUCUGAGAUCACACGGAUCACAGCGCCAGAUGCUCCAUAUGAUGACGAUGCAAUGAAGGAUGUAUUCUCUUUAAUUGUGGAGGCCUUCAAGCAUCUGGAUGACAUAGAGAGCCCCUUCUUUGGAAGGAGAACUUCAAUUCUUGAUACAGUCGCAAAAGUUCGGUCCUGUGUGGUGAUGCUAGAUCUUGAAUGUGACGAUUUGAUAAAUGAUAUGUUCCAUCACUUCUUGAGGACUGUUAAUUCUGGGCAUUCAGAAGCCGUCAUAUGCUGCAUGGAAACAAUAAUGAGAUUGGUAAUUGAGGAGAGUGAGGAUGUCCAACCACAGAUUGCUUCAUGUCUACUCCAAAAUGUUAGAAAAGAAGAAAAGGAAUCUUCUUCAGCUUCCUUUGAGCUUGCUGAAAAAGUGAUAGGCACAUGCCGUGAGAAACUUAAGCCAGUCUUUCUGCAAUCACUAAAAGGCACUUCCUUGAGCGAAUACAGCCAAAUCGUCGCAUCGGUUUGUGAAGAUGUUUCAGAUGACAGGGAAGAUAACAAUGCUGAUCCUUCUGGGAAGGACACGGUGGAUGAUGGCAAGCUCUCUGAAAGGACUAUUUCUGAUGAAUUGCCUCAGGAAUCUUCAAAGGCAGAGCAAGAUGUUAGCCGUCCUGAACAAGACGGUACUUGUAUGAAUGGUAAUACAGGUACUGCUAUUAGCAGUGGUGCUACCCUACCAGAUACUAGCGAAUCUGAUCAAGGACCACCAAAAGAGAAGACUGAACAACCUUGCUAUGCUGAUGACAUAACAGAUACUGAUCAGUUGAAAUCUGACCACAAUGAAGGUGCGGAGUUCGAUACUGCAAAGCCCGAAAAGAAAGCUGCCGUUGAUUCAGACAAAAGUGCUAAGCUUAAACUGUCCGAUAAAUGUGAAGCACCUGUGCAUUCUGAUGCUGACACUAAAAAGGAAGCAUCUGCAGAGGGUACCGAUGGAGCCGCUGAUGAUACAUCAACGGCUGCUGAUUGUACACCUAAACCAAAGCGAGGCCGUCCUCCUGGCCCAAAGUCAUCGCAGAAGAAGGCUGCUGGAAAGGAUCAAUCUUCAGGUUCAGAUUUGAAAAAGGUCAAUGAGGCAGGUGAUUCAGCCGGAAAGUUGGCGAAACGAUCAGCGAAGGAUGAGAAGUCCACAAAGAAGGCUGGUGAAGGAGAAUCAUCUAAGAAGACCCAAAAGUACAAUUCAAAGCAACAGAAGGAUGAAAACCUAUCUGAGGAUCCUGCCAAGGAUCUGAGUUUAAAGGAAAUGAUAACACCAAAAUCUUCGACUAAGGUCCCAGGUAGAACCAAAGGGCAAAGCACAGAGAAUAGCACACCUAAAAUGAAGCAAGAACAAGAAACUGAAGAGCCUCCUCGUUCAAGGAAAAGCAAAGGACUUGAUAAAAGUCUAGUUGGUGCAAGGAUCAAAGUUUGGUGGCCAGAUGAUAAGAUGUUCUACAAUGGUGUUGUGGAGUCAUUUGAUUCUGUUUCUAAGAGGCACAAGGUCGCAUAUGAUGAUGGGGACGUAGAGGUACUACUGUUGAGGGAUGAAAAGUGGGAAUUCAUCAGUGAGGAGAAGGGAGCUUCUGUGGCAUCUGAAACGCCAGGAGGCAGAAAAAGAAAAGCUGAUGCAGUGAAGGAAGAAAAUACAGAGACACCUAAAAGUGAUGCUGUUGAUCAUCCAAAGAAAAGAGGACGUCCAAAAGGUGUAAGAUCCAGCAAUGGCACACCUAGUAACUCAGCUACUCCGAGCACAAAGGGGAAAACUGCCGGCAAGAAUACCAAAGAAACACCAAAAACUGGCCCCAAUCUUAUAAAGGAACUCGAGAAGAGCUCCAAGGACAAAGCUAGUGUAUCAACUGAGACAAAGGAUGAAUUGCCUAAAGAUGACAGGAGUGCAAGCAGACCUAAGGAGGCUAUUAGCAAAGGCAAGGAUUCAAAAGACGAAGGCAAGUCCACUGAAGGAAAAGCUAGGCCAGGUCGGAAACUAAAAAAUGCUGGUACUCCUGCGGGUGACGCUGACAAAGAGAAGGGGAAGGAGAAAGAAGUUAAGGCAGCUGAAAUAGAGCAGGAGGCACCAGGAAACGCUUCUACAGGAAAGAAGCGCAGAAGGAAGGCUUGAAGCUAACACUGAUGGAACUUCUUUUGUAAAUGGAUGUGCACCUUGUAUUAUUGAGUGUUAACUCGAAAUUUCGUCAGUUUGGUCUCUGAUAGUUAGGUGUGGAAGCAACAUUUGCUAUAGCUGUAAUGCUAGGAUUAACAUGUGUUCAUUGUGGUCAGAUGCAUGGUGCAUUGGUGUUGAGCUUUGAGCGGAAUCAACCCAAUGCUCGCUGUGAGGCCCAUGGCAUCGUGUUGUCUGGUGGUGUUGUAGCUUAUUGAUGUUCUAUUUAUUAUAAGCAAUUUAAGCAGUGGAUUUUGUAGC